CAUAGACCGCGCGGGGGUCACACUUGCUACUCAAGCCAGGCGAAAAACUAAAGAAAAUCGGGAAAAUACUUGGUCUGCACCGAAUUAUAUUACUGGUACUUAAACGAAGUACCCUAGAUUUAUUCUUGCCAAGCGGAUGGCUGUUUAAGACGAGGAACUUCAGGAAAAGGUAAAACAAAACAAAAAAGCCCACAAAAUGACCCAAUAUCUGCCGCCGAAUCUGCUGGCGCUGUUCGCGGCACGGGAGCCCAUCCCGUUCAUGCCGCCGGUGGACAAGCUGCCGCACGAGAAGAAGUCUCGCGGCUACCUGGGAGUGGCCAAGUUCAUGGCCGAUUUCGAGGAUCCCAAGGACACGCCGCUGCCGAAAACGGUGGAAACGCGUCAGGAGCGGCUGGAGCGACGCCGGCGCGAGAAGGCCGAGCAAGUGGCCUACAAGCUGGAGCGUGAGAUAGCGCUGUGGGACCCCACAGAGAUCAAAAAUGCCACGGAGGACCCGUUUCGCACGCUGUUCAUUGCACGCAUCAACUACGACACGUCCGAGUCGAAGCUGCGGCGUGAGUUCGAGUUCUACGGGCCCAUCAAGAAGAUCGUCCUGAUCCACGACCAGGAAUCAGGUAAACCCAAGGGCUACGCCUUCAUCGAGUACGAGCACGAGCGGGACAUGCAUGCCGCCUACAAGCACGCCGAUGGUAAGAAGAUCGACAGCAAGCGCGUCCUGGUGGACGUGGAGCGGGCUCGCACGGUCAAGGGCUGGCUGCCCCGACGCCUGGGCGGCGGUCUGGGUGGAACGCGCCGCGGCGGCAACGAUGUCAACAUUAAGCACUCCGGCCGCGAGGACAACGAGAGGGAACGCGAGCGCUACCGGCUGGAGCGGGAGCGUGAGGAUCGCGAGGGUCCUGGACGCGGCGGCGGCUCCAAUGGCCUGGAUGCCCGGCCCGGACGCGGUUUCGGUGCGGAACGUCGACGUUCCCGCUCCAGGGAACGCCGCGACCGUGAACGAGAUCGCGGACGGGGCGCUGUGGCUAGCAACGGUCGCUCGCGCAGCCGUUCUCGCGAGCGCAGAAAACGACGAGCGGGCAGCCGGGAGCGGUACGACGAGUUCGACCGCCGCGAUCGGCGGGACAGGGAGCGCGAGCGUGAUCGCGAUCGCGAGCGUGAGAAGAAAAAGAAGCGCUCCAAGUCUCGCGAACGCGAAUCCUCCAGGGAGCGUCGCGAACGGAAGCGAGAGAGAAGGGAUCGAGAACGCGGCACCGGAUCCGGCGGCGAUGUCAAGGAGCGCAAGCCCGAUUUCCGUGAUAUGGAUGUCAUCAAGAUCAAGGAGGAGCCCGUCGACGAUGGCUAUCCCACAUUUGACUACCAGAACGCGACCAUCAAGCGUGAGAUCGACGAUGAGGAUGAGGAGAAGUACCGGCCGCCGCCUGCGCAUCACAAUAUGUUCAGUGUGCCGCCGCCGCCCAUUUUGGGGCGUGGAAAUGCCAGCACGAAUCCCAAUCCCGACAAUGGCCAGCAGAGCUCCGGCGACCCGAGUUGGUGGCGUCAGUAGAGUCAUGGAGCGAUGUGUCAAGGUUAAUAUUUCUAGAAGUCAGACGUCUGUGAGUCGCAACUAUUUAUUCAUUCGACUCCGAGGCACCCCAAUCCUGGAGAGCCUAACCGUAGCUAUCCAUUUUACACAGAAAAUUUUAAGGUACCACUUGGAGGAGGGCCAAGUAGAACAAGAUUAUAGAAAACCCGACCGCUAAACGCAGAAUCCGCUAAUGUGUGCGUAGCUUAAAUCACUUAAAUUUAUAAGUAACUCUUAACAAAUGAAUAUGAAAACAGUAAGUAAAAUAAAGCUAGCCCUCAUGUGUUUGUUUCCCCACCUUUGGUAAGGGGGUUAAAGGGAAUACGGAGAGUCAGGAGCUGGAACGCUUUCGGUGGCGCAUACACCGUACUAUAUGGUUACUCCAUCCCAUGGUGGUUCCUGGGAUUUUCUAACUCACCUAACAUAAUAAGCUGAACAAUACAAACCCUUGCACUAACUCGUGCCUUUUAUUUUCUCUGUUUUUUUGCAGUUUUCAAUCAAUUGAAAAUCUGACUCUGACUAGUGUGAAAGCAAAAGCAUAAGUAUUUAAUCAAACAAACAGUAAUCCAAAAACGAAAAUUAGUUCCGCCAGUAUUCGUAGCCCAUGCCCAAGUCUAAAUUCCAAGCCCACAUCAGGUAAUUUGGUCUACGCACAAACCUCACUAAUCCAUGCGUCUACCGUUCUAGGACAGCUCUAGAAUCAAGACAGCUACCGCAAUACUUUUCCAAUCUCCUCCGCUCUAGGUUGCCUGUGUUGUGUGGUGGUGUGGCGUGUAAGUUGAUUCCGGGCUAAGAAAUUUUGUAAACCAAAACCUUUUCCGUAAGUUUGCCCCGGUAAGAUUACGAUAUCCUCGCCUAACCGCCGUGGAUCGGAUGGAUGAGUGAGUUAGUGUAAGGGAGCUUUCCUCUGUUUGGUACACAUUGCGAACUGCUCCGAUGGCCUGUGGCAAUCUACUCCAUUCAUCCAUUAUGUCUGUAACCAAUUUACCAUUUCGAUCUUUUCAUGUACGUUGAGCUGAUUGUUAUCGUACUGAAGACGAAUCCGCGGCGGAAACUCGCAUAGAACAAACAGAAAACUGCGCAAAGGUUUGCUUUUGGUAACUGGUAACGAUUGGUUGUGGUUGGUCAGGUCAGGGGUCUUUCGAGCUGGUUAGCCUCCACUUUGGAUUGCGGACGGUGACAAAAUUCUGGGGGUCUUUUAUUUUUGUAUUGUAUUGUUUGGCAGACAGGAUCCAUGCAAUUGCCUUUUCGUACCGUGCGACAUACGGGAAACAAACUAUUGUGUAGCAGGGCAUUUUUCCUAUUACACCAUUAUUAAGAAAAGCGGACAGAGAUCAAUGUCACAUUUAGAUUUGAUCAAAUAAAGAAAAGAAUUCCUCCUUACACG